UCACGAUUCUUAAUCUUGUAACAUGUUUUUAAACUACAAAUUGCAAAACUAAUUACCUUUAUUCGUUUCCUGGCUGAAAGCGCGUGCUUUUCUCAUAUCCACAAUGUCUAUGGGGCCACCAUCAAAUGUGCGGCCCAGUCAGCCAUUCCGCAUGCCUUCCCUGCCAGUACGACCCUUGAAUCCUCCACAGAGACCACUUUUUCCAGGAGGUGUCAGUCGCGAUAACACAGGACGCGUCCAAAUUGCUGCGCCUCGCGUGGAGGACUUCGAUGACGAUGAGGAUGAUCGCCGACCCAAGCGGCCAGCCGCACCGUCCAGUGGAGCGGGGUUAUUCGCUCGACUGCCGAAAGUGGGAGCUGUUGCACCUCCUCCUGAAGAAGCGUACCCUGUGGCCAAACGGAAGAAACCACUGGAGAAACCCAGUGCACCAAGUGGCAGCAGAGUGUGUUCGGUGGAUAGCAUGUUGGAGGAAGCUGAGAUAAAACGGAUGCAGGCUAUUCAGAGUUUUCUGAAGAAACCCAAAUCCGCUGCCAACGAUGCCAGACAGCAGGCAGUUGUUCAGCGUGAGCCAGCCGAAAGCGCUGACUAUCUUGGAUUGAAUUCUGGAAAUUUGGAGGAUUACGGCGCCGCCGCGGCGGAUGAUGAUCUCCAGUGGGAAGUGGAUGCCUCAGCCUAUGCCGACGACGAUUCAUAUACUUCUCCACAGGAUUAUCCAUACGAGCCACCCCAGCCGGAGCACAACUUGACCCCAUCCGGGAUGCACCCGCCGACGGGAACCGUAUGGACGGCGAAUUACAAAUAUCAGGACGUACAGAAUAUUGUCGAUCAUCCCGCUCCCCGAGCGGCAGCUGCUGCGGCCUCUUCUUACCAGACCGACGAGCAGGUGCACCAGUUGGUGGCACGUUAUGAAGGACCGGAAUUUCAAGAGUAUUUGAAGGCGGGAAAUUCCCUUAACAUUGUCGAUUUUCGGGCGGAUGAAUUGUUGGGGAAUGCGCGAGCGAAUGUCAUGCGUGGUCUGACAGAUAAAGCGCUGAAUCCGCCACCGUCCGGACCUGUCCCGGUCAAAGGGAAGGUGAAUUCAACGGCAAAGAGAAAGGGACAAAUUACCUAUCUGGCGGCACAGGCCCAGGCCAGGGAGACGGAGCUGCAGAACGAAUGGGCCAAGAAUCGGCAGACUCGCCAACAGGCAUCGAGGAAGUACGGCUUUUAAGUGCCUGGUAUUUGACCGUCUUAAGAUUUAUCGGUCGCCUGAAUUCUUUUUCGAUAAUCAUUCAGAUGUUUGACAGUCUAGUAACUGAGUAUCUUCUGUGUAUCAUUAAAAAAAAUGGAAAAUUGCAUGUCAAUCUUGUCUGUGUUUU